AUGACCACUGUAUUUGCACUUUGUAUUCCAUUCAUUGACAUAUCUAUUAAAUUGCCUAAUUUGGUAAACCAAUUAGGACUGGCCCCAAAUGAAAUGACUCUCUAUCAUACACUAAGUAGUGAAGCACAGGCACAAUUACUAAUCUAUUUAAAUGACCAGGAGAAUACUACAGUCUCUUAUGGUGGAAUGCUUUACAACACUUGCAUGGAGAUAUCAAAAUCAACUGACGGUGUUAAUGCCGUAUUUAUUGGCCCAUUUUCAACCCAACCUAUCUCUAAUCAAGUCUUUUAUAAGGCCCUAGCCGGUCGGAUUGAUCGUUUAACUGUAAGAGCAACAACUCUAGAUACUGAACCUGGAAUUUGUUUUGUGAUUCCUAACGGUCAAAAUAGAGCUUUUGUGACUAAACCAAGUCCGUGCAUGAUAGUAGAUAAGCAGAUGACUGAAACGUUGUUUUUAAAUCUAGCUAGACAAGCUGAGCAAGAGAAAGCUUCUAUUGUGUAUAUAGCUGGGUAUACGGUUGAGUCAAGUGAAUCUUUACAGGAAGUAGUUCGGCGUAAAAAGACUGGAACACUUCCUGCUACUUUAUGUUUUAAUCUUUCUGAUCCUGGGGUGCUUAUUCGUUCUUAUCAGAAGGUUAAACCGUUUAUUAAGCAUAGUGAUUGGAUUAUUGGUAACAAAGAUGAAUUUACUGAAUUAUAUCAUCAAAUUACAGGUAUUUAUCCCAGUAGUACUAAGGAGUUGUAUGCUUGCAUUCAAAAGGAGACGCAAAAUGCAGUGAUUACUUGUGGUCCCCAUUCAGUAGCUGCUCUUUAUAAGUCUGAACAAGGUGAAUGUAUUAGUAUUGUUAAGCCUCCUAAAGUUAAUGCUAAGAAUACUACUGGGGCCGGAGAUGUUUUUGCUGCUGUUUUACUUAGUGGCAUUGCUCGGCACAGAGAUAUAGAAGAGAUUCUUCAUCAGGCGGUUGAGCGUACUACCGACUUUCUUAAAGGUAUUUAG